CCAGAAAUUCGCAUACUGAAAUUUUUUUCAUUUCCCGCCACCGAAAGUUCGAAGCUCUCUCGAUCCUCCGUCCUCUUUCUCUCUCAGUUUCUGAGGUUCCGAAUUCCGAUUCAGGAAAGGUGAAGGAAAUUGGAGUCGCAGAUGAGAGGUAGGAAGAAGAUAACCGCGGAUCCCGUGGAUAGCUCAGUGGUGGCAAAGAAGAGGUCGAGUUUGUCUCAGGUAAGAAAACCGCCGGCAAAGAGGAGUAGAGGCGGUGGACGGCAGUCUGGCAAAAAUCCAAAAGACGAAACUGGGGGUUCUCUUGUUCCGGAAGAUCAAUGUCCAUUGCCUUCGAUGGAAGAGAAGGUAUCGAAUCCCUUAACGGUGUUCGGUCAGAAUCCAGGAACCCAUGAACCUUCUAGGAAGAUCAAGUUGCAGCUGUUUCCCAUUGAUAAGAACACCCUAAAGGGACUGGAAAAGGAAGGCUACAAUCCUUACUUGGAACUCACUCUAAGUCGGAGGAAGAAGAUAUCUUCUGUACUGCAGCACCUCAAUGCCAAAUGGGGGAAGUCGAGUAUUGCUAUUGGGCAGCAGCCAAUGGUUUUCCCAUACAAUACAAUGGACAAAUCAUCUAGCUGCAGAUGGACCUCGCGCGACACUGAUGUCUGCACCGAAGAUGUCUAUGCAGCCGUUGGAAGGCCUUCUGUAUUUCGGUUAAGGUAUGGCUGGUUCUAUGAUUCUAAAGCCGAAAGUCAGAGCUUGGGUUCUGCCUCAAACCAGAAUGAUGCUUGCUUACAGUUAGCUGAAACAGGGAAAUGCAGCAGUACUGUUGAAACUAUAGAUGUCAAAGGCAAACAAAUCAUUGAAGAGACCAAAUUAGCCGUUUCAAGAGGAGCAACAGUAUCUGUCUCUGCACUAACUGAACCGCUGGCAACAACUAUGAGAGCGGAUAUUGGUGUUGGGCAGCCAGUAGUGCCAUGGGAUGAUUGUAUAAGCAUUGGAGGCUUGCUAUCUGAAGCAUCAUUGCAAGGGAAGUCGAGCAAAUCAUCUGAACAGCAAACAAAUGGAAGCAGUUCUCUGUUCUUUACCGAAUCAUUUGAUGCUUUCAUUUCCGGCCAACCGAGCUCCUCAAUUUGUUCAAGAUUUGUACCUCCUGCUUCAACCUCAUCCAUCUUAAACGCUGAAGACACAUGUCAUGCAUUCACAUUUCAAACAUUUGCUUCGGGCAGGAGCAGCAAGGAAGAGGUUUCUAAGCUGGUCAAUUCCCAACCUGGCAUUCCAGAAGGACAGGAGGGAACUACAGGCGCUCUUAACGAUGAAAGCAGCCUUGGACUGUCAGGCAUAAAAUGGACGGAGUCACUGGGACCUUUUGAUCUGGGCCUUUCGUCCUCCAGGAAGAUCAUUCAUAAUGACAGUAUUAUAAGCAUCGGCAGUAUAUUCAGCUAAAAUUCUGGUAGUUUUGAAGGGCAAAUUGGAGAGUGGCAGAUGUAAUUAGACAUGUUGUAGAAGUGGACUCCCAAGCUGAUGUCUUUAUGUGGGUUUGCCCCUUGAGAUUAGUUGAGAUUGAUCCAUGUUUGGUUUAUAGGCAAAUGACAGAGAAGAAGUUUGGUGUACAGCCUUUUAGUUUCCGUUUUUUUGGAUUCUUUACCGAUCAAAACAGAAUAUGUCAAUUUCAUGGGGUGUUUUUGGCUAAAGGAAAUGUUAUCAUCUUGUUGGGUUGUUUUUAAUCAUGGCAUACAUAAUUCUUCUACAUGC